AUGGUCCGGCAGGAGCGGCUCGCCGACGCCGUGCGGCUGUUCGAGUGGGCCUCCGGCCGCCGCGACAUCGUCUCGUGGAACACGCUGCUCGCCGGGCUCGCGCGCCGCUCGCGGACGCGCAUGUGGAUUCUCUGGCGGAGGAUGUCCCGGGAAGGCGCCGGGGCCGACGGGUUCUCGUUCAGCAUCGUGCUCUCGGGGCUGACGGCCGACGCGGACACGGUGAGCGGUUUGCAGGUCCAUGGGCAGCUUGUCAAGAGCGGCUUCGGCGACGAUGUCUGCGUGGGCAACUCCUUGGUGGAGAUGUACACGAAGAACGGGGCCCUGGAGUCCGGCAACAGAGCGUUCACCGAGAUGCCCCGGAGAGACGUCGUGUCGUGGACGGAGAUGGCCGCCGGUUGGCUGCAGUGUGGCGAGCCCGCCAAGGCCAUCGGAGUGCUCGGUCCCAUGAUGCUCGAAGGAAUUAGGCCAAACAACUACACAUUGGCGACGGCAGCCAAUGCCUGCGCGACCCUCGCCGGUCCGAGCGAAGGGCGCAAGGUUCAUGGAUACGCCAUCAAACUGGGAGAGGGCUCUGAUGUCGCCGUGAACAACGCGCUCAUCGACAUGUACUCCAAGUGCGGCCUGGUGGACACCGCGCACAGGGUGUUCCAGUCAAUGCGGCAGCGGCCCGUCAUAUCCUGGACGACGAUGAUCAUGGGGUUCGCGCGGAACGGGCAACCUCAGAACGCCGUGAAGGUGUUCGACGACAUGCUUCUGGAAGGCGUCACGCCUAACCACAUCACGUUCCUCUGCGUCCUCCAUGCCUGCAGCCAAGGCGGGUUCAUGGAGGAAGCCUGGAUAUACUUCAGAGCCAUGACAGACAAGUUCCGCAUCGAGCCCGGCGAGGAUCACUACGCCUGCAUGGUCGAUCUCCUCGGGAAGGCAGGCCAUAUAGAGGAUGCCGAGGAGCUGAUAUCGCGGAUGCCGUUCCGCCCCAGGGUUCUGGUCUGGCAGGCGCUGCUCGGUGCUUGUCAGCUCCAUGGCAAUGAGGCCGCAGCAAAGCGGGCUGCAGAGCGCGCUCUUGCGCUCGAGAAGGAAGACCCGUCGAUGUACUUGCUGCUGUCGAGGACGCUCGCGGGUCGGCACGAUUGGGGCGGCGCCGGAAGGUCGAGAGGGCUCAUGGGGGACAGAGAAGUCAUGAAGCUGCCUGGGUCUACCUGGUUGCAGUCCAUGCCCGAGACUGAGAGUGCCCAGGCUUGCACAGCAUGA